AUGCCAAGAAUUUCGAGUAAGAUAACUAUUGGAGAAUGGGUUAGUUUUAUGUCAUCAGUAUUAUCAAAGGAGUUAGUACUACAAUACUUACAAUACCGUGGUGGUAACUGGAAAAAUAAACGUUUGUAUGGUAAAGUUAUUGGAGGGUUAAAUGAAGGUGGGCGCCUAAAAUAUCGGAUCAAUGUAGAAAAUUUUGAAAAUAUGGAAGUUGAUGUUCUUGCGGGUAAUUUGCGAUAUGAAAAACCAGAUGAUGACGAAUUGUUAUCAAAUGUUGAAUUACUAACUGUUCCUAUAGAAUUGUCUAAUAUUAGUGAAAGCAGUAUAGAAGAGGAUGAUAAUACUGUUAAUGAAGAAAAUAGUAAUACAAGUGGUCCUUCUACUACAGUAAACUGGAAAGAACAAUCUAUAACUAUUGACCAGCGUGAAAUUAAUCUAUCAUAUAAUCAAAAUUGUAGUGUUAAUAUUGAAUCUAUUGAGUUAGCUUCACCAUUUAACUUGUUGUGUCGCUAUCUUCCAGUCAAUUAUAUUAAACAGCAUAUAAUUAAUUCUAUUAAUAUGCAUGGGCGAGAAACUUCAAACUGGGUUGAUAUAAAUUUUGAUGAGUACAUGAGAUGGUUAGGUUUAUGGGUAUUGAUGUCUGCAUUCCCUGUUGCUGAUCGUCGAUUUUAUUGGAGAACUACGCAAGAUCUUACAAAGCCUAUGGCUUCUUUUAAUUUUCAACGUUGGAUGCCACUUUCGCGAUUUGAACAAAUAGUAUCAUGUCAUACUUUAAUGAUGAUAUGUGAAUUAAAGACACCGAAUCUUAGUGAUUCAUUGUAUCCUGUUCGUAGUUUUAUUGAUGCAUUUAAUAAAAACCUAAUUGAGGCUGUAAAGCCUGGAAAAACAUUAUGUAUUGAUGAAUCAAUAAAUUCAUGGUUAGGUAGCAAAAAUAAAAUUCCAGGUCAUCGUAAAAUACCUCGCAAACCACAUCCUGUAGGACAAGAAUGGAAAACAGUUGCAGAUGGUUCUACAAAUAUUAUCAUUCAAGUAGAGCCCUGUGAAGAUAAAGAAAUAGAAAAAAAAAAACAAUUUGUUUUAGAGUAUGGUAAUACAACUGCAUAUGUUUUACAUUUAGUACGACCUUGGUUUAGUAGUGGCCGAACUAUAGUUGGUGACAGUUGGUUUGGAUCUCCAAAACUUUGCAUAGUAUUAAUGCAAAAUGGACUAUAUGGCAUCUUUCAUAUUAAAAAAAAGCGUGGGUGGCCUUUAAAUUAUCCAUGUGAUAUGGUUCAAAAGCUUGGAAGUGCAUAUGGAUCUUAUUUUUCAAAGGUUGCAACAAUUAAUAAUAUAUAUUUAAUUGCAGCUUCUUUGAAAGAUCGAAAGCCACAAUGUAUUAUUGCAAGUGCAUCGACUACAACAAUAGCAGAUAAAAUAGAACAUGUAGUUAAAGAGUAUAAUAAUUCUUUAUUAGUCAAAUUUACAAGACUGAAAAUCUUUUAUGAAUAUUCUUGUUCUAAGGGAGCUGUCGAUAUUAAUAACCAAGCAAAUGCUUUUUUAACAUUUAAAAAGUGGAGUAAUAAAGGAAAUAAUAUAUCACAUUUUGAUUUUAGACGAUUAUUAGCAGAUGAAAUG